UUUCCUAAAAUUCAACCGUCACAAGGCUGCCAUUUUUCUGUGUGCUCUCAGUCAAAUCUCAGUCCUUUUAACAGCCCUUUUGCGCGUUUUGAAUGAGCGAAAUCAUAAAUAAUUCACAUUCGGUGAACGCAAGGUCCGAUGGCCUGACACGGAACCCCCGUCAUUGUCAAGUAGCUUGGCCUAAAACGUCCAUGCUGAGGUCUUCGUUCUUCAACACCUCCACUUUCCAAAGGUCCCUGCGGCGACUAACAGCAGGAUCUCAGCGGCACCACACAGCUGUGACUACUUCACCAGUCGAGCUUCACUAUACCGAGCUUAUACCACCAGAUGGAAAUAAGACUGAUCGAGCGCUCGUUAUUCUUCAUGGGUUACUCGGUUCUAAACGGAACUGGACAUCUCUCACCAAAGCCUUCUUGCGUGACCUGAAUCGACCCGUGUAUGCCUUGGUCUGUUUAUUUCCCUCCUAUAGUUUUACAAAAUCAUAAAAGAUGUCAGGGCCUUCGGAAUCAUGGAACGUCGCCUCAUGCUUUGCCUACU